AUGUCGACACAACGAAAAAGCCAGGAUCCAUACCCCGAUCUAGGCAUCCGACAUGCCCCACAAAUGGAGAUCGACACACCCUAUCCCAACCUGCCACCGAUCCCACGACCCAACGAACCGUUGGAAAAGAAACGAGCACGCCUGGUAUAUCAAUCGCGCAAACGGGGUAUUCUGGAAACAGACUUGCUACUUUCGACGUUUGCCAAACAGUAUCUUCCCGAGUUCUCGAUGGAGCUGUUGGAAAAGUACGACAAGUUAUUGGAUGAGCCGGAUUGGGAUAUCUUUUACUGGGCUACGGACAAAAAGGCCGUUCCGGACUAUCUGCAGCAGAACGAGGUCCUGGACAUGAUCCGUGAACAUGCCAAAAACGAAAACAAAGUAGUUCUUAGAAUGCCAGAUUUGGAAAACGGUCAAUAA